CUCGGGGUUUGUGUUUUCUGGUUUCGGUGAAAAUGUUGAAAUUUUGUCGUCCAUCCUCAAAAUCGAAACUCCGAUCGAAUCGGAACCAGGACGCCGCCACGACCGCCAUUGUGGUUUCGAAAAGCGUCGACGGAUUUGCCGGCACCACUAGGCGUCGGAUCGUCAAAGUAAACGACGGCUCUUCCAGCACUGAUGAAAGUGAUGUUGCCGUUCCAAGUCCUGUCGGUUUCCGGGAGCUUCUGACAAAACCGAAUCUGGGGCAACUGAUGCGUCAACACUCGGCUCGAUUCUGCCGGGGAAGGAUUGCUGGCAAAGCCGGAUUCGCCAAGGCUUCAACGCGACGUGAUGGGAAUGUAAAUCUUCUUAAAAGAUCGAUUUCAGCCGGUGCCUCAAAGCUUUCUCCAGUAAAGGGUAAGUUCUUUUAUAGUUCUUCUAUAGUUAGAUGUAUGGAAUCGAAUCGAGCAACUCUGAGCUCAUUACAGGAUAUUGCUGCAAUAAUCGCCAUCCGAUUGCAAAAUAUCUCAUCCAGCAAAAUCGCUCUAGCGUUCAGUGAAAUCACAGCAUGA